CACUGAUAAGCGGCACUGACUGGUACUGAUAGGUGGCACUGACUGGCAGCUCUGAUAGGCACUGAUAUGUGGCAUUGCUGUGCACCGAUAUGUGACAUUGAUAUGCACUGAUGGGCACUGGUAUAUGGAAUUGACGGGCACUAACAGGUGGCAAUUGUGGGCACUGACAGGUGGCACUGAUGGGGCUACACUAAUCACCAGGGCACUGAUGAUCACUGUGAUUGGACACAACUGAUCACAUGAUAGAGGCUAUGA